CGCAGUGGCGUAGUGAGCGCGCGAGCAGAGCGCGAGGACAGGGGCCGCCGCCGCGCAUGCGCAGUCAUUGUUUUGACUGAAAAUGCCGUCGGUUUCGAAAACGGCGGCGAACGCUUCUCCUCAAACCGAGAAACCAACCCACUAUACAUAUCUGAAGGAGUUCAGGACCGAGCAGUGCCCGCUGUUUUUGCAGCACAAAUGCACACAGCACAGACCCUUUACCUGCUUUCACUGGCAUUUUCUCAACCAGAGGAGACGGAGACCGAUCCGGAGGAGAGACGGGACUUUUAAUUACAGCCCCGACGUCUACUGCACCAAGUACGACGAAACAACAGGCAUAUGUCCAGAUGGAGACGACUGCCCUUACUUGCACCGGACCACUGGUGAUACAGAACGCAAGUACCACCUGCGCUAUUAUAAGACUGGCACCUGCAUCCAUGAAACAGAUGCCCGGGGGCACUGUGUGAAAAAUGGGCUCCACUGCGCCUUCGCUCAUGGGCCUCACGACCUCCGGCCUCCAGUCUAUGACAUCAGAGAGAUACAAGCACAAGAAGCUUUGCAGAAUGGCCAGUUAGGUUCUGGAGAGGGAAUCCCGGAUCUGCAGCCGGGAGUUCUGGCCAGCCAGGCCAUGAUUGAGAAGACUCUGAUUGAAGAUCCUCGAUGGCAGGACACCAAUUUUGUUUUGGCCAACUAUAAAACAGAGCAAUGCACCAAGCCCCCGCGUCUAUGCAGACAAGGCUACGCCUGUCCCCAUUACCAUAAUAGUCGAGAUAGAAGACGGAAUCCCCGCAAGUUCAAAUACAGGUCAACUCCGUGCCCGAGUGUAAAGCAUGGGGAUGAAUGGGGAGAGCCUUCGAAGUGUGAGAGUGGAGACAGCUGUCAGUAUUGCCAUUCACGCACCGAGCAGCAGUUUCACCCCGAGAUAUACAAGUCUACAAAAUGCAAUGACAUGAAGCAAACUGGAUACUGUCCGAGGGGGCCAUUCUGUGCUUUCGCACAUGUUGAAAAGUUUGCAUAUUUCUUAGGAAUUCCUUCUACCGAGGAGACCAUGAGCACUCUGCUCACAGCGAUGCAGUCAGGCUCUCAGGCUAAGCUGGGCUCCCAACAAUAUCCCGAGUGUCCCGGCAGUGACUGGAGCAGCAACACAAAUUCCACCACCAGCAGCACGAGCAACAACGGGCAGAUGGCAAGCGUGUCAUGCUCUAAUAGUCCAACUGUAACGUCAAGCUCAGGAAGCACCAGUUCAUUGUCCCCAAUUGGACCCAUCGGCAGGCCCAAAAGCUUUACUAAUGGUAGCUUAUGUUCAGAGUCCACCACGUCCAGUGUUUCGUCUCCAACGUCUAACUAUCCCAAAGCUCCGGGCUUUGAACGGGAGGACCAGGCAAAGAACCACAAAGGACAGUGUGGAGAAAAUAAUCAGAAGAUAACUGACCAAGAUAAGCAGAGCCACAGCAGCAUAUUUUCUGUGGUGAAUCCACUGGCAUCCAGUAUAACAUCAAGCAUCACGUCCAGCUUAGCCUCAAGCAUUGGCUCAGACAGCUCCUCCCCCACUACAUUAUCAACUAUGAAUGCAAAAGCUACUCCUUUCUAUCCAGGAAGCAAUACGGUUGAGUCAGUAAUAGGAUCUGCGCUUGACCUAAACUUAAAUGACAUCAGUGUUGCCUCCCUUGAUAAAGACCUAGAGGACCAAGACAAUAAUGGGUUUGGGAUAACAAGUCAGAGGUUAUUAGGAGGCUCGGAUCCUGUCAACAUUCCUGGCUCUCUGGCACGGUGUUCAUCUCUGCAUUCCUCCUCCUCUCUGUCCGCCUCCCCCCUCAGCUCUCUGUCCCAGUCAUUGUCCCAGUCAUUGCUCAGUGGAAUGGCUUCUCAGCAGAGCCAGACACAGGGCCUGCCAAUCAAAACCGAGCACAGCCUCCUAGGGACACCGACAUCUACUCAGAACUCUUUAGGGUUGAAUGGUGGAGCUGGAGGCAUUUGGGACUUUAUGAGUGGCAGCCUCUCCCCAAGUCCAUCUCCAGUGUUCAGCUCCAGUAUGGUCAGCUCCAGCAGUGCAGAUCUGGCUCGACUCAUCCGGGAUCUGGACGAGGCCAAGAAGAAAAUCAAGCAGUGGGAGGAUGCCUGGCACCAGGUCAAACAGGCAUGUGAAGCAUGGCAGAAAGAUGCGAAAGAGGCGAAAGAGCAGGCGAAGGUGGCCGAGGCAGAGCGGCAGCUGGCCGAGCAGAAGCGCAAGGACUCCGAGCUCAAGCUAAAAGAGCUGCAGGGAGACUUUGACACGCUCUGUCGUUCACCCAGCACGCCUUUGCUGCGCAGCUAUGGAGACCUGGACCAGCUCCCACUGCCAAAACUCCACUCCAUCCAGAACCAGCUGCGCUCAGACCUCGACCUUAUCGACGGGGUAAUAUAUCAGCUUCAGUCAAAGAAAUGUAUAGUUUGCCAAAAGCAUGAUCGUUGCAUUGUACUGCAGCCUUGCCAACAUUAUGUACUUUGUGAAAACUGUGCACCUAGUAAAACAGAAUGUCCUUACUGUAAGACAAAAAUAUUGAAGUGGUGAUGUACAGCUGUUUAAGGUACUAUUUAAAGAUCUAGCCCUUUGAAGAACUACUAAUACAUAUAAAGCUUACAGUUUCUA